AGAACCACCGCCCCACCGCGCCCGGCCGCAUCCACCCGACGGCCCCGGCUAUGAUCGCCGCGGCUACGAACGCGACCGGAGAGACGAUGGUCAUGCAGACAAGCGGCCUCGGAACCGGAGCCGCUCGCCCCCCAGCCGGCCCGACAGGGGAAGGCGAGAUCGGGGUCGCGAUGGCGCCGAUCUGAGGCCAGGCGAAGACAAGUGCUACGGUCGAACGAGGCAUCCAUGACCUUGCCAUCUCACAGACCAGCGCACCUGCCAAGGAUCCCGAGCCUGACAUGGAUUGGGAUCCGGAUACGGCGAUGGACGAAGAGGCUGCCGUCCAGGCCGAGAUUGAGCGUCGUCGACGUGCACGAGAAGCAGCCCUCAAACGAGGGCUUGGAGCCGCGAGCCCCGCGAUGCAGGCGUUGCAGGCCGGUGACAGGCCUGCGGCUACACCAACCUCGACUCGGCAGAGCACCCCGGGUGUUCAGAGAGCCGAUGGCGAAACUCCCCAGUCAAAUGGCCCCUCCUCGCCUCCUCUGUCCCCGGGCAAGAUUCAAGACGCCCUGUCUCCUGGGGCGUUCAACUUUGCUGACGACCAGGCACUGAUUAACGCCCAUGGCGACGCUAAAGCCCGCGACGAAGACGGCCCGUCGGCAGCUGACUAUGACCCAACGGUCGACAUGAGGGAAGACGAGCGUCGUGACGAGCUGAGGCACGGCAACCUCGGUCUGCAUGGUGAGCCCCGCGACGAGUCACUCGUUUCUGCUGCCCCAGAGAAGAAGGAAGAUGAGAGCCCGCAGAAGAAGAUUGAGGACGACGACGAUUUCGACAUGUUCGCCGAAGACUUCGCCGAGAAGUAUGCCGCGCCCGUGGCUCCAAAAUCCGACGCAGCUCAGGAGGCUCGAGCCCCCGGCGGCGGCGGUGGAAUCUUGGAGGGAGAUGACAAGGAGGGCUAUUACAAGAUCAGACCCGGAGAGUUGCUGGAUGGGCGCUAUCAGGUCUCGACCACCCUGGGCCGCGGCAUGUUCUCCGGGGUGGCUCGCGCUGUCGAUAUGACGACCAAGAAGCUCGUUGCCAUCAAGAUCAUGCGGAAGAACGACGCGCUACGGAAGGGGGGCUUCACGGAGAUUGCGAUCCUCGAGAAGCUCAACGGCGCCGACCCUGAUGACAAGAAGCACAUUGUCAGGUUCGAGCGGUCGUUCGAAUACAAGGGGCACCUCUGCAUGGCCUUUGAAAACCUGAGCAUGAACCUCCGCGAGGUGCUCAAGAAGUUUGGCAACAAUGUCGGCAUCAACCUCGGCGCGACACGGGCGUAUGCGUACCAAAUCUUCCUGGCGCUGGGCCACAUGCGCAAAUGCAGCAUCAUCCACGCCGAUCUGAAGCCCGACAAUAUUCUGGUGAACGAAGCUCGCAACGUGCUCAAGAUCUGCGAUUUGGGCACGGCAAUCGACCGUUCGGACGCGGCGAUGGCGGCGACCGAGCCCAUGCCGUACCUUGUCAGCAGGUUCUACCGUGCUCCCGAGAUCAUCCUGGGCGUGCCGUUCGACUAUGCCGUCGACAUGUGGUCCAUCGGCUGCACGCUGUACGAGCUGUACACGGGCAAGAUCCUCUUCACGGGCGAGAACAACAACCAGAUGCUGAAAAACAUCAUGGAGAUCCGGGGCAAGCUGAGCGCCAAGCUGUACCGGCGGGGCGAGCUUGCUCACAACCACUUUGACGAGAUGGGCAACUUCAUCAGCGUGGAGCGGGACAAGAUACUUGGAAAGACAACCAUCAAGACCCUAGCCACCGUCAAGCCGACACGGGAUCUGCGUACGCGCCUCCUCGCCGCGUCGGCCGGCAUGAGCGACGCCGAGGGCAGGGAGCUCAACCACUUUGUCGACCUGCUCGAGCGCUGCCUGACGCUUAACCCGGACAAGCGCAUCACGCCCACCGAGGCGCUGCGCCAUCCGUUUUUUACCCAUCGUGUGCAUGGCUAUGGGCAAGGGCAGGGGCAGGGGUUUGGCUACGGCUCCGGGCGCUAGGCUGGAUGGGCUUACCGGAGGAGGCGGGUGCAUGGGGGACUGACUGGUGGUGCGAGUUUGUAUGCAGUUGGCAUGGGCGGCUAUCAGUGUGCCGCUGCUGCCGCUGCUGCCUGUUGGAUUCAGGGGUCAUGGUGGGA